AUGAAUAGAUUGUCUGUUUCUGAUUUUGAAAUUAUUAAAAAAUUAGGCUAAGGUUCCUAUUCAUCUGUGUACAAGGUGAAAAGAAAAUCAGAUGGUUAAGAAUAUGCAAUGAAAAAAGUUUAAAUGUCAGGAUUGUCAAAUAAGGAACUGAAUAAUGCUUUAAAUGAAGUUAGAAUUUUAGCUAGUUUAGAAAACCCAUAUAUAAUUGGGUAUAGAGAAGCUUUUAUAAGAGGAGACAAUUUGUUUAUAGUUUUGGAAUAUGCUGGAGGAGGAGAUUUAUAAUAAAAAUUAGAGUAUAUAAGAAAAAAAGGAUAAGGGUUUUAUGUUGAUGAAGAGUUGAUAUGGGCUUAUUCAUUUGAGAUGCUUUCAGGUUUAAAUGAAUUACAUAGUAAGGGAAUUUAUCAUAGAGACAUUAAAUGUGCAAAUAUAUUUUUGACUCAAGAUCAUAAACAUAUUAAGUUAGGUGAUCUUAAUGUUGCUAAAGUAGUAAAAGCAAAUUAAUUUGCAAAUACAUAUGCUGGAACUCCUUAUUAUGCAAGUCCAGAGGUUUGGAUGGAUUAACCAUAUGAUUAAAAAUGUGAUGUCUGGUCUUUAGGAUGUGUUAUAUAUGAGAUGGCAUAAUUAUAACCACCAUUUUUAGCAAAUGAUUUAUUUUAAUUGUAGAAGAAGAUAUCUAAAGGAUAAUAUGAACCAUUAAAUUCAAGGUAUAGUAAAGAAUUAAAUGAAUUAAUUGCAAAAUGUUUAUAAAUAACAUCUAAAAAUAGAGCUUCUUGUGAAGAAUUAUUAAAUUUAGCAUAAAUAAGAAAUAGAUAAAAUUCAGUUUCAAUAUCUUAUAGUAAUUAAAAACUACUAGGAACUAUUUGUUUAACAAAGAAUUAUAAAGAAAUACGAUUACCAAGACCUAGAUAUUAAACAGAAAUGAAUGAAUCUAGUGUAGUUCUUAGUAAAGUUUAGACAUCUAGAGGAUAUCGUGCAAUAUCAAAUAAUAGAUCUGAUGAUUCUAACAGUCCAGCCAGUAGAAAGUUCAAAAUAAAAAAUAAAUUAUCAAAUCAUUAGAAUUCUGUUGAAAGAAAUAAUUCUUAAAAUGACUAGUAAUCAAAAGAGAAUAUUAGAAAUAUCAAUAAUCUUUAUCAAUUAUAACCAAAUAAUCAUUAACAUUAUCCAAGUGCUCAAGAAUACAAAUAUAACAAUGGAUCAAGAUAAAUUACACCAAUAUUAAGAAAAUAAUUAUCUUCUCCUUUAAAUUAAAAAUCUCCAUUAAAAUCAGAAAUUCAGUAAGAUAUAUAAUUGCCGAAAUUAAAAAAAAAAUAAUUGAUAUUUUAAACUAAAGAUCACUUAAAAAAUAUGAGAAAAUUAAUAUGA